CUGUGAGGUAGCGAAACCCGAAGUGAUGCCCGCGCUAACUAUGGCGGGGAAAAUACCGAGGCUCCGCCGUCUUCUUUACCUUUAUCGGCAGUACUUACCGAAUAUGAAGAUAACUGUGCCGCACGUGACUGCGGGGUGGCCAUGAGCAGGGGCCUCACCGAGCAUACCUAGGUAUCAAGGCAAAAGGGGGACUAUUAUGGGGACCGUUACUUUCGGUGAACGGUGAGUAGCGUGUAGGCUUUAUCGAUAAGAACAUUUUUUUCCUCGGUCCUACUCUCCAAAGGCUACCUACAAGUCAACCUCUCAGUUUUGAAGCCUCAUCACCGAUCUUUUCAAGGACAUCUAUUAUUCCCAAUUUACAAGAUGCUCAGACAAGUUAAACCUCGCAAUGCGCGCUCAAAGCGAGCCCUCGAAAAGCGCGAACCCAAGGCAAACGAGAAUCCCAAGACGUGCCUCUUCCUCCGCGGAACAACAUGCUCUCAGAUAAUCCAGGAUGCUCUCAAUGACCUUCAUCAGAUGCGCCAGCCUCUCGCUAAGAAGUUCACCAAAAAGAACGCCAUCCAUCCCUUUGACGACGCCGCCUCGCUCGAGUUUUUCUCCGAAAAGAACGACGCCAGUCUCCUCGUUUUUGGUAGCAGCCAGAAGAAGCGUCCUCACACCUUGACUUUUGUUCGCACCUUUGGUUACAAGGUUCUUGACAUGCUUGAGCUCUACCUCGACCCAGAGAGCUUCCGUGCUAUUGCUCAGUUCAAGACGAAGAAAUUCGCCAUUGGCCUGCGGCCCAUGAUCUUGUUCGCUGGUACUGCUUUCGAGAGCCCUGUCAGCAACGAGUUCACCCUUGCGAAGAGCAUGCUCCUUGAUUUCUUCAAGGGCGAGCCCAGCGACAAGAUUGACGUCGAGGGUCUCCAGUACAUCAUCUCCAUUAGCGCAGAGGAUAGCACUGGCGACGGUGAUGUUAAGCCCGCUAUCCACUUGCGAGUCUACACCAUCAGCACCAAGCGAUCAGGCCAGCGUCUUCCCCGUGUCGAGGUUGAGGAGAUUGGUCCUCGCAUGGAUUUCCGUGUCGGCCGAGUCAGGGAGCCCGAUGAGUCGAUGCUCAAGGAGGCCCUAAAGAAGCCUCGCGGGACCGAGGAGCGCACCAAGAAGAACAUCACAACUGAUUCUAUGGGUGACAAGAUUGGCCGCGUGCAUCUGGGCAAGCAGGAUCUCAGCGAGCUGCAGCUCCGCAAGAUGAAGGGUCUGAAGCGAAGUCGAAAGGAUGCCGAAGAUGCGGUGGAUGUCGUUGAGGAGAAGGAGGAGUCCAAGAGGAUAAAGCAAUAGUACAUGUAUGGCAUUGCAUGCUUGGAGUUGGGCGUCUAGGAAAAGGUCUUGUAAAGGCCACGUCAAUCAUUGAUUUACUGGGUUCCAUCCCUAGAUAUGACAGGUCCUGUCGUAUCUCUAAUUGAAGUUUCUGAUAUUGCUGUCAUUUAUCUGGGCAUGAUGAUCCCGAUGCUGUCAUCUCUCCUCUGAAAGUCAGUCAUACUGUCUAGAUACAACUGCUUGAGGCAAGACUAGUGC